AACAAAUAUAAAAACAUGAUAGUUAUUUAGUUUUUUUUGGUAAUUAAGUCAAAUUUCUGACAGAGGCGGCAUCCGUUCAAACAUUACCACAUCUUCAGUGGCUGUGGUGUCACCCUUUGGACUCGAAAACCACUUCCCACAUCGACACAUAAGCUCUCUACCAAAGUCGUCUGUUUUGAUAUGCCACAGUCACACCCACAGACUAUUACUUACACAUUUCAUCCGUGUUACUGACACAAAAUCUUGCCGACAUAAUCUUUGCUCCAUCACUGUACCUAACCAUCAUAAGGUUGGCUUCAUAGGAAUCUAUAUAUUCCAUCAUGGCAGCUCUGGAUUAUGAGUCCAUUAAUGAAAAUGUGAAGAAGGCUCAGUAUGCUGUUAGAGGUGAGCUGUAUCUUCGAGCGUCAGAGCUUCAGAAGGAAGGAAAGAAGAUUAUCUUCACGAAUGUGGGGAAUCCACAUGCUUUAGGACAGAAGCCUCUAACUUUUCCCCGCCAGGUUGUUGCUCUUUGUCAAGCACCAUUUCUACUCGAUGAUCCUAAUGUAGGACUUAUAUUUCCUGCCGAUGCCAUUGCAAGAGCCAAAUAUUAUCUAGGACUCACCUCGGGUGGUCUAGGUGCGUACAGCGACUCACGGGGUCUUCCUGGAAUAAGAAAAGAAGUGGCAGAGUUCAUCGAGAAGCGUGAUGGAUAUCCAAGUGAUCCAGAGCUUAUAUAUCUCACUGAUGGUGCUAGCAAAGGAGUGAUGCAGAUCUUGCAAACGAUAAUCCGAGGUCAAGGGGACGGGAUAUUAGUUCCUGUUCCACAAUAUCCUCUUUAUUCAGCUGCCAUUACUUUAUUUGGUGGUUCUCUUGUUCCAUACUACUUGGAGGAGACAGCUAACUGGGGUCUUGAUAUACAAAACCUUCGCGAGUCAGUUGCAGAAUCUCGUGCUAGAGGAAUAACAGUACGAGCUAUGGUGAUUAUAAAUCCCGGAAAUCCUACUGGACAGUGCCUUAGUGUAGCCAAUUUGAAAGAAAUACUGAAGUUCUGCAACCAAGAGAAACUGGUCCUGCUUGGAGAUGAAGUUUAUCAGCAAAAUGUUUACCAAGAUGAACGUCCCUUUAUUAGUGCAAGAAAGGUUUUGAUGGACAUGGGCCCACCAAUAAGUAAAGAGGUCCAGCUUGUCUCCUUUCAUACAGUGUCCAAAGGCUAUUGGGGAGAAUGUGGACAGCGAGGAGGCUACCUUGAGAUGACUAACAUUCCUCCACAGACUGUUGAUGAAAUAUACAAGGUCGCAUCGAUUUCGCUAAGUCCAAAUGUCCCUGGACAGAUAUUCAUGGGUGUGAUGGUCAAUCCUCCCAAACCUGGAGACAUCUCAUACGAUAGGUUUGCUAGAGAGAGCAAAGGUAUCCUUGGGUCACUGAGGAAGAGAGCACAAAUAAUGACAGAUGGAUUCAACAGCUGCAGAAAUGUGGUUUGCAAUUUUACUGAAGGUGCCAUGUAUUCCUUCCCACAAGUACGUUUACCUCCAAAAGCAAUUGAGGCUGCAAAAAAAGCUGGAAAAGUUCCUGAUGUUUUCUACUGCCUCAGGCUGUUAGAGGCCACAGGCAUCUCCACAGUCCCAGGUUCAGGGUUUGGACAAAAGGACGGGGUGUUCCAUUUGAGGACAACCAUCUUGCCUGCUGAAGAGGACAUGCCUGCAAUCAUGUCCAGUUUUAAGAAAUUUAAUGACGAGUUCAUGGAGCAAUACGAAGACAACAGAGGCUAUUCAAGGAUGUAAGCAGUAGUGCUUUGAAUAUUUCUCUAUGUAAAGAUCUCUUCAGCUGUUGGAAGUUCUUAGCUAUACCAACAAACCUGUCUAUUUUACUUCCAUUUACGCCCCUCCCCCUCCCCGCUGGGCGCUGGGGGUAUAAACAUUUCCUUAAAGCAUCAGACAUUCCUACAUAGGUCCAUCUGAAUAUGGAUGCUUUCUUAUUCCGCAGACUUCUUUUGCUAUAUGUAGAUGGAAUUUGUAAAUUGUGGUACUUCCCUGGGUAAUCAAAAAAAUUCUUGUUCUAAUGAAAUAUGUCCUGCCUAUGGAUUUAAACA